AUGUCGUUCUCUGGUUGUUGGUUCGAUGCAUUCGAGGUUAAGCUUUGGAGUAAAGAUUUGUUGAGGGAUUCUUUGGGUAAGAUCAAAUUGAUUCAGGAGAGGCUUCUCACAGCUCAGAGUAGGCAAAAGAGUUAUGCGAAUCGGAAGGUCCUCGAUUUAGAGUUCAUGUUUGGCGAGUGGGUUUUGUUGAAGGUUUCACCCAUGAAGGCCUAUGAGUUAGCAUUGCCACCUGAUCUGUCUGAUGUUCACCCGGUAAUUCGUAUUUCGAUGCUCAAGAAGUACCAUUCAGAUGGUGCUCAUGUGAUUCAAUGGGUUUUAGUGUUGCUUGAUCUGAAUUUUACUUUUGAGGAAGGGCCGGUAGCCAUUUUGGGCAGGCAGAUUCGAAAGUUGAGAUCUAACGAGAUAGUUUCAGGAAGGGAAGUUUCUGCUAAUGUGAUCGACGAAGGGAGUUCAUGUUCAGUAAAUUCAAGUUUCACUACAAGAAAAACGCUCAAUAGCGAAGGGAAAUCUGGUCCUUAA